AUGCGCUUAUUAAUGUGUGUGUCCUUAAAAGGUUACACGACGUCACCGUUGUCAGCGGUCCUAUGUAAUACACCAUUUAUGAAUAUGGUACCAGACAGGCUGGUUGAAGACGCAUUACGACGAGCGAGUCUCACUAAUAAACCAUCUGUUGUGAAAUAUCCCCCAGACUAUUUUAAUAGUGCCGAAGAACAUUCCUCAUCGAGCGAUGAUGAAAAGCAACCAAAUAAAGUGAUGAAAGAUAUCAAAUAA